CGAUCCGGCGACGGAGAAACCCAGAAGCGAUGGCGGCCAGAGGUAGUUUUCAAUCAGCUUCAACGGGAGGUGGUGGCGGGGGAAUGGGACCCGGACCCCCGGUACAAGGUGGAGGACCAGGCAUGGGACCUGGAACUCCUGGAGGAAGGAUGGGACCCUCAUCGGGCGCACAGAACCACCUCUAUCGUUCUCCGAUGCCCGGGCCUGGAUACCCGAGACCAGGUGGGAUGCCCCCAUCCAGCCGUAUGACCCCCCAGGGCCCGCCCAUGGGGCCUCCAGGCUACGGCUCCAGCCCUGUGUCCCGACCAGGGAUGCCCAGUGUCAUGGACCCCUCCCGUAAAAGACCGGCCCCCCAGCAGAUCCAGCAGGUCCAACAGCAGCGCAACCAACAUACCAAGAAGAAGAAGAUGGCGGAUAAGAUUUUACCUCAGAGGAUCCGGGAGCUGGUGCCAGAGUCUCAGGCCUACAUGGACCUGCUGGCGUUUGAGAGGAAGCUGGACCAGACCAUCAUGAGGAAACGUCUGGACAUCCAGGAGGCACUCAAGAGACCCAUCAAGCAAAAGCGAAAGCUUCGUAUCUUCAUAUCCAACACGUUCAACCCUGCCAAGCCCGACGCUGAAGACGGGGAUGGCACUGUAGCAUCGUGGGAGCUGCGUGUCGAAGGACGCCUGCUUGAAGACACUGCUGUGUCCAAGUAUGAAGCCACCAAGCAGAAGAGGAAGUUCUCUUCCUUCUUCAAGUCUCUGGUCAUCGAGUUGGACAAGGACCUCUAUGGGCCUGACAAUCACUUGGUCGAGUGGCACAGGACUGCGACCACUCAGGAAACAGACGGGUUCCAGGUGAAGAGGCCUGGGGAUGUGGGCGUACGCUGCACUGUCCUGCUGAUGCUGGACUACCAGCCCCCUCAGUUCAAGUUGGACCCCCGUCUGGCCCGUAUGUUGGGGAUCCACACCCAGACCAGGCCGGUCAUCAUCCAGGCACUCUGGCAGUAUGUUAAGACCCACAAGCUGCAGGACCCCCACGAGAGAGAGUUCAUCAACUGUGACAAGUACCUGCAGCAGAUCUUUGAGGCCCAGCGUAUGAAGUUCUCUGAGAUCCCCCAGCGUCUCCAUGCUCUCCUGAUGCCUCCAGAACCCAUCAUCAUUAACCAUGUCAUCAGUGUGGAUCCCAACGACCAGAAGAAGACGGCCUGCUAUGACAUCGAUGUGGAGGUGGACGACACUCUCAAGACCCAGAUGAACUCUUUCCUCCUGUCCACCGCCAGCCAGCAGGAGAUAGCUGGCCUGGACAACAAGAUCCAUGAGACCAUAGAGACGAUCAACCAGCUGAAGACCCAGAGAGAGUUCAUGUUGAGCUUCGCCAGAGACCCCCAGGGCUUCAUCAACGACUGGCUGCAAUCACAGUGCCGGGACCUCAAGACUAUGACUGAUGUUGUUGCGAACCCAGAAGAAGAGAGGAGAGCCGAAUUCUAUUUCCAACCCUGGGCCCAGGAGGCCGUGUGUCGCUACUUCUACUCCAAGGUCCAACAGAGGCGUCAGGAGCUGGAACAGGCCCUCGGAAUCAGAAACACCUAGACAAGAUUAUGUCAAAGGAAAGUGGGUCAACAGAGGAAAUGAAGUGGCUGUUCUCUCUGGGAGGACGAAAAGAGAAGUUUGGGACAUUCAUAUUUAUAAAUACACUGCUGAUUUUUGCAAAACGCUUAGAUAAAACAUCUUCGAUAUAGACUGCUUUACUGCUGAUGGUAACUGUAGGAUAUAUUUUAACAUCAACUAGCAGCUGUUAUGGUUAUGUAUUAAAUGUUUGAUUGCUACUUACUUUUUUAUAUUUGU